AUGCCCCAUGGCCAAAUUAUGACGGGGCAGGAUUGGGAGCCCCAGGUGUUUAACUUUCAGAACAGGAACAACACCAAUAAGAAGCCUGGUCGCGUGAGUGAAGCCGAAGCUAAUCGUGUGCUGCAACGCGGUGGAAAUGUAGAUGUUGUGAAGAGGGAACACUUCCAUGCAAAUGCACAGAAGACGGAUCUUGGGGCCAACGCAAAGCGGAUAGACGAGGACAACGAGACUUUGAAACUGAAGCGUAUUGAUAAUAACUUACGCAUAAAUAUACAGAAGGCGCGCCAGGCAAAGGGAUGGACGCAGCAGGAUCUAGCGCGAAACAUCGCGGAGCGGGCCGGGGUUGUGACGGAGUAUGAGAACGGGAAGGCGGUGCCGGAGGAGCGGGUGCUGGUAAAGAUGGAGAAGGCGUUGGGCGUUCAUCUGCGUGGGGUGAAGGCUGGACAGCCAUUUGGUGGCAUUCACCAGCAGCCACAGCAAACGAAAAAGGCCGCGAAAUAG